GCUCAUUUUCUUGCAGUGACCUUGCGUUUUGUACGUAAGUAAAUAGUUACUGCUAAAAAUGUCGGGUCGCGGCAAGGGUGGAAAAGGCCUGGGGAAAGGAGGUGCCAAGCGCCACCGUAAAGUCUUGCGGGACAACAUCCAGGGAAUUACGAAGCCUGCCAUUCGGCGUCUCGCUCGCCGCGGCGGUGUCAAGCGCAUCUCCGGGCUCAUCUACGAGGAAACUCGGGGUGUGCUCAAAGUCUUUCUGGAGAACGUGAUCCGUGAUUCAGUGACUUAUACUGAGCACGCCAAGCGCAAGACAGUCACGGCCAUGGAUGUGGUAUACGCUUUGAAGCGCCAGGGCCGUACCCUGUACGGCUUCGGAGGCUGAGGUGUGUUCGCGGCUUUCGUCCAGACUCCAAAAGG